AUGCUUGCGGUUCAGAUGCUCCACAUUUUCUGCUUUUCAGGGCGAGCUUCUCCUCCCAUUCUCUCUUUCAGAGAAGCACACCAAAGCUUCUCUGCUGAAAAAAAAAAAAAAAAAAAAGGAGGCGACGAAAGGGGCAAAGCUGGAAAAGUUGAAGCUUUUUGUUGUGCUGAAACUGAAAUGGUAGGCAAGGAUAAUCUAGGGGCUGAGGACUUGAACUUGUGCUUUGAGAAGCUUAUGAUGGUGGCUGGGAGCGGGAACAGUGAGAAAGGGGUGAACUUGAAGGUUGGGGUGAUCACCGAGUGGAAGGAUAUUCCUGUGGAGCUUUUGAUGCAAAUUUUGUCCCUUGUGGAUGAUCAGACAGUGAUCACAGCUUCUGGAGUUUGUCGUGGCUGGAGAGAAGCUAUCUAUUUUGGCCUUGCUCGUUUAUCACUCUCGUGGUGUAGCAAGAACAUGAAUAACUUGGUCCUAUCAUUAGUUCCUAAAUUCACAAAACUGCAAACUCUAAUCCUUCGCCAAGACAAGCCUCAACUGGAGGAUAAAGCUGUCGAGACUAUUGCAGACUGCUGUCAGGAGUUGCAGAUCCUGGACCUCAGCAAAAGUUUCAAGCUAACUGAUCGUUCACUUUAUGCUAUUGCAUUAGGUUGUCGCGAUCUUACGAAACUCAAUAUCAGUGGGUGUUCAGCAUUUAGUGACAGUGCUCUGGCUUACCUUGCCAGUUUCUGCAGAAAACUGAAAGUUCUAAAUCUUUGUGGAUGUGUUAGAGCUGCAUCUGAUACUGCAUUACAGGCUAUUGGACAGUACUGCAAUCAGUUACAAUCUUUGAACCUUGGAUGGUGUGAUAAUGUUGGUGAUGUUGGAGUGACUACUUUGGCGUAUGGGUGUCCUGAUCUUAGGAUCGUUGAUUUGUGUGGCUGUGUCCGUAUAACAGAUGAUAGUGUGAUUGCUUUGGCUAACAGAUGCCCCCAUCUGAGGUCCCUUGGACUGUACUAUUGCAAGAACAUCACAGACACAGCAAUGUAUUCUUUGGCACACAGCAAAGUGAAUAACAGGAUAUCUGUGAAAGGAGGAAAUGAUGAGGAUGGUUUAAGGACUUUGAACAUCAGCCAAUGCACUGCACUCACCCCAUCUGCUGUUCAAGCUGUUUGUGACUCAUUCCCAUCCCUCCACACAUGCUCUGGGAGGCAUUCACUCAUCAUGAGUGGCUGUCUCAACUUGACCUCUGUGCAUUGUGCCUGUGCUGUUCAUGCACACCGUGCAUUCACCCAUUUUCCUCAUCCAGCUCAUUAA